AUGACUGGACGCGGAAAGGGCGGAAAGGGUCUCGGAAAGGGUGGUGCUAAGCGUCACCGUAAGAUCUUGAGAGACAACAUCCAAGGUAUUACCAAGCCAGCUAUUAGACGUCUCGCUCGUCGUGGUGGUGUCAAGCGUAUCUCUGCCAUGAUCUACGAAGAAACUCGUGGUGUUCUGAAGACCUUCCUCGAAGGUGUCAUCCGUGAUGCCGUCACCUACACCGAACACGCCAAGCGCAAGACAGUCACUUCCCUCGAUGUCGUCUACGCAUUGAAGAGACAAGGCCGUACCCUCUACGGUUUCGGUGGUUAA